UUUGCAUUCUUGCAUGUAUUAACUGCACACAAACACGCACGCACGCCCAUAUACGCACACACACUCUAAAUCUAUAAUUACAUCCAUGCAUAUGGACAGCACGGGGACAUUAUUAUACAUCACAUCACACCGCGUUACGUGGGGUCCUUUCCAGCGAUGCACUUGCUCGCUUUCUCCGUUUCUGACCCAUAGGAUCGUACAUUUUGACUUGCACGCGCUGAUUUGAGUCUGUCAUCACUGCGGACACAUUGCAAUAUGCAGUGAAGCCCUGACGCGAACACUAUGGGUCCAGGUAGCCUACAUCCUAUCCGAAUAUUGCCAUCAUUGGAGAUUUUUCAGCACCAUUCCGAUAUGCGAGGUAUGUGGGAUGUAGAUAAAAGAAGCGCAUGAUGUGGCUUUCCCUCGAGGAUGUUUGCUGAUGGACAGACCUUUGAUUUUAAGACUGACAGUCUUCUGGUAAUAAAAAGAAGAACCUGGAACAUACAAUCAGUUUACCUUCUGGAUAUCAGCAAAUCUGUCAGGCCAGAGUAUGCCAUCUGCACCAACUUACAGAAUCCUACGACCCCUCCUGCUUGGUAUCUUUUUAUUAGGAUGCUUUGUGACUUUGUUUUUAAUGUACAUCAAACCGUCUACGAGCUGGUUGUCAGGCCCGGUCGAGUCAGAAACGUCCACAGCCCGAGUGAAGAGCCUCCUUUCCACCAGAAGUGAACAGAACCAGACCACCAUCCUUGUUUGGCUUUGGCCUUUCGGUGAAACGUACGACCUGAACGUCUGUAGCUCUUUGUUCAAUAUUGAUGGCUGCUUCCUCACUGCCGACCGAAACCUUUACAACAAAUCUGACGCCGUGGUCAUACAUCACAGGGACAUCACCAGCGACCUGUCCAACAUGCCACCGGCGUAUCGGCCCACGUUGCAGAGAUGGAUUUGGAUGAACUUCGAAUCACCUUCGCAUUCAUCUCAGUUACCUGGAAUUGAAAACCUGUUUAAUUUGACUCUAAACUAUCGGCGGGAUGCUGAUAUAGAAGUGCCUUAUGGAUCGAUUGUCGCGGCCCAAGGAGAGGAGGACUUCGUGCCACCAAGCAAGAACAAGCUGAUUUGUUGGAUCGUCAGCAAUUGGAACCCAGACCACGUCAGAGUGAAAUACUACAAUGAACUCUACAAGCACAUCGAGGUUCAUGCAUACGGACAAGCAUUUGGUGAGUACAUUUCCGACCAGGACUAUUUCCCUACAAUUGCAAGCUGUAAAUUCUAUUUGGCAUUCGAGAACUCAAUUCACAAAGACUAUAUCACUGAGAAAUUGUACAACCCACUUUCCAUCGGCACUGUACCCGUGGUGCUUGGACCACCAAGGGAGAACUAUCAGAACUUUGUGCAGGGAAAUGCUUUCAUCCACGUUGAUGACUUCCCAUCUCCAAAGGAGCUGGCUGAUUACCUCCUGUUCCUUGAUAAAAAUGAGGAGCUUUACCUGAAGUACUUUGACUGGCGUAAACACUUUAAGGUGAAAAAGGCGUACUUCUGGGCUGAACACACAUGUCUGGCUUGUGAUUACAUUAGAAGGCACAAUGAGUACAAAUCAAUUAACAAUCUUGACAAAUGGUACUGGGGUUAAUCCACAACUGAAACACUGGACCAGCUUAAUGAAAGUUGCUUGACAAUAAGAGCUUCAUGUAACUUCAUGAGGGUUAGUCGUGAGCACUUACAGACUUUUAUUUUUGUAAAAUGUAAAAAAAGUAGAUGUACAUUUAUUUUGUGUUUGGUUUCAUGUGUUUAUUAAUCUGGAUGCAAAUGAUGCAUUUUAGAGUUUAAUAAGUUUGAAACUCUGUCAUUCUCUGUAAAAACUGAAAAUCUGUCACUUAAAUACGUACUUGUCGUUCCAGUCUUGUAUGACCUUUUUUCUUCUGUGGAACACAUACACACAAACAUAUUUUGUAAAUUAUAUUUUAGAUGCAAAUCAUGCAUUUUAGUGUUUAAUAAGUAUAUAUUUAUUGGGAAAGAAGAUUUUAACCAAAAUGCACAAUUUGCAUUUGAAGGGACAGUUCACCCAAAAAUCAUUUACACAGCCUCAUGUCAUUCCAAACCUGACUUGUAUUUAUUUUGAGGAACAUAAAUAAGAUAUUAUGGAAUCCUGUUUCCGCCAAUUUGGACUUUUUAUCUCAUAGUUCCAAGAAAAGUCAGAAUUCUGAGAUAUAUAAUGUAAUUGCAAGAGAAAGGUCAGAACUGAGAGAUAAAAAGUCAUAAUUUUAUUUUUUAUUCUUCAGGGGAAACAAAAAAACAACAGCUGAUACAUAAACUCAGAAUUCUGAGAAACAAAGUCUGAAUUGUGAGAUACUGUAUAAACGAAGAAGAGAGAUAUGUAAACUUGUUAAGAAAACUGUUAGAAUUUAUGAGUUUGAAAAAAUGGGCUUCCAUAGUUUUUUUUCCAAUACAGUGAAAGUUAAUGGGGUCCAAAAUAACACACAAAAGUAAUUUAAUUUGUGUUCUGCAGAAAAAGUAAGCCAUACAGAUUUGAAACAACACAAAGGUGAGUAAAUGAUGACAGAAUCUUUGUGUGAAAUAUUGCUUUAAAACGUCACAUGUAACAGUGGUUCCCAGAGAGAGAACGAGAUGCUGCGUCCUCUAGCAGAGACUAUGGGGACUGCUGCCAGCAAGACCAGUGUCUGAAGCACAUGUGAAUCAAAUCCCAUUGGCCCAUGUAGCCCAUGAUGUCACAGGCAGGUGUCCGGGAGUAUAAGAGGGCACCUGCUGAAUGCCUCAUCAAUUUAGUCUUUAGUCAAUUUAGGCAUGGUGAGACCACCCAGCAUCUUGUUUCCUCUCGAGGAGCCAUGGUUAUAGGCAUAGAUCCCCUUCUAGGGAAAUCACACUAUGUCCUCACUAUGGGGAACGGACCUAAUCCAAUGCCAUGUGCAUGCCUGUUCACCUGGUGAGAUAGCACCAAGGGAAGCGACAGACAUACAUCAAAACUUCCCUCAGAAAGGGAGUAAGCCACUGAUGCCCGGGGCCACUAACAUAACUCAGAAAAAUGGAGAACCCAUCCAAACAUGAGGGACAUCCCAUUAACCACAAAUGCCUCUCUGUAGCCACCAUUGCUGCCAUUGCACGGCAAGUCUGUGGUGCGGCACAGUUCCUUGACUGCCUCAGGGAUAAAACCUUGCCCUCAUCUAGAUUUCUAAGCGAGUCAGCUUGAUAAGCUUUUAACAAAGCCAUUGUAUACAAAGCUCCACCAGCUUGACCUGCCGCCACAUACACCUUGCAGUUCAGACGCAAGUUGGUCUGAAGCAGGUCUUUAAAGACGAUGACUCACCCUGGGAGAGAUAGCUCACUAGCAUCUCCAGGGGGCAUCUUCACAUUUUCAUGCUCACCCGCACCCUCAAUAUUAGUGUAAUCCACAUGCUGAAAAAGAUGCAGCUGAGCUGGAUAUGGCCUGUCCCGUGAUCUCACUAACUUGGAGGUUGGAAAGAAAGGGGAGUCCCCUGAGGGAGGGGAGGUCAUGACUGGCCAGAAAGCACUCGUCCAAUCUGCCACAAGCUUCUGCCUUUUGCAUGUUCAGACUCUUAGUAGCAUGAACGCAUGUGCUUCUCACGAAGACACAGCACGCUUAGAUUGUGUGUCCUCGGGUGUCAGAAACCUCAGAAACCUACCUUGGUUUUCUCCAUUAUGCCUUCACACUAACUGUCAAACAAACGGCUCCUGAAGACAAUAAAAUUCGGUGACGUAUUCGGCCUGUGAUGUCACGGGCUAUGUGGGCCAAUGGGAUUGGAAUUGUUUGACACGUGUUUCAGGCACGGUGGCAGUCCCCAUAGAGCAGAGCCAUGAAGAGCAGAGAUAGUUCAGAGCUAGAGGACGCAGCGCAAGUUCCCUAGAGAGGGAAUUCAGUUUAGCUGUUUUCAUGCACCUAACCGCACAUUAUACAGGAAAUCAGUUUAUUUAAUGAGAACCAAGCACUUUCUGAAACUGAGAUUUUUAUGCUUUAAUUAUAUCAUUGGUUAUUGUGAAAACAUUAGUGCAUCUAUGCAGUGUUUACAGAUCUUAUGUUGUGCAAAGUGUCAAUGUACUGUAAAUGUAAUGUGUAUGUAUUUUGAGACAACCUGCCUUUCAUUUUCCAUGGUUUUGGAUGUUGUUUUGCAAAUUUAUAUUUUACCAUUUCAGUAACCAACAUGAUUUGCCACUGAAAAACAACAAAUAUGCCAGAAGCAUUUUUUUUUUUACUGAAUAACUGCUGAUAAUAUCACUGUUAAGUAGCUUACAUGGCUUGGAUAUGUGAUACUGUGAAGUAUCAAUGUGUACUGUGAAGUUCUGUCUUCUAAAUGUCACUUUUGUUUAACAGUGAAGUGUUGAAUCAAUAGCAGAAGGCCGGUAUACAUACAGUCAUGUGUGGGAGGUGCCAUAUUCACAGGAAUGCAAAGGACUUUUUUCCAAAUGUUGCCAAAUGUUUCGACGUGCUCAUACGAGAUGUAUGAAAUCAUAAUGUGAGAAGCAUAAUGACUAGGUUUUCUAAUUCAGAAGUUGCUUCAGAUGGAAGCUUGGAAGAUUUGUUUGCAGUCAAAGUUUUCUUUCUCAAAUGUGAUGCUACUGAUCUUUUAUCUUUGGGAUUCAGGUCAUCCCAUUUAUCAGAUCUGCUUUCAUUUAAUGGUGAAGGACUGUUUUAGAUGUGCUCACAUACAUGUAGUCAGUCUAAUAUUAGAUGAGGUUGAAGAGCUCUAUUAUUGAUCAAUGAUAACAUUUUCAGCUGUGGAUCGAAGACUAAGCUGCUGAUACUGGAACUGCAAAAAACAAUCAUGUUCUUAACGUUUUGUCUUAUCUCCAAUAAAAAAAAAAAAAUCUGAACAUCCUUAGAACAAGAUUUUUAUUUAUUAAUUUUUUUACCUGAGAAAAAAUAUUGUGUAAGACAAUAUUUUUCCUUUUGUUUUCUUAUUUUUAUGUUUUAAGUAUAAAUCAAACAUGAUUUUGAGAAGUUUAUGUAUAACGGUCAUAGUUGGGUGAACUAUCUAUUUAAGUAAAGACAUAACAAUGUGCCAAAAUAUAUUUUUGCUAAUUUUAAGCAUUACAUUUAGCUAGAUUUAUCCUUAAAUAAUAAUAAUAGGUCAUAUUAUAUAUUUAUGCAUUUGGCAGAUGCUUUUUCUUGCAUUUAAGGUAUACAGUUUAUCCUGGGAAUCAAACCCCUGUCCUAAGUGUUGCCAGCACUAUGCUCUACUGUUUGAACUACUGAAAUGCAUUUGGUAGAUUCUAAAUGAUUAUACAUAUGUUCUCUGAUCAUACAAUAUUUUGUUCUUCAAGCAAAUAUAAUUUUUUUUAAGGAUGUUUACUUGUUUUUCUUGGAAACCAAGGCAAAAGCGAUUAAGAAAAUGAUUUUUGCACUAUAUGAUAAAGCACACUUUAAUUGAUGAUAUUUGUACACAUUUUGUUUAUAAGGAUUAUCAAUCAUUUCCAGGCUCAGGCACUCACGAGUCUUGAAUCACAUGUAUAUUCUCAUGUCUGAAGCACACAUGUUUGUGGGUUAUUGUUCUUGUUGUGUUCCAGUGUCUUUCAAAUUGAACAAACUGUAUAAACUGUAAUUUCAGCGGAUAAAUAUUUCAUGCCUGGGUUUUUAACUUUUGUAUACUUAAGGGACCAUCCGUUUUGAAAAAAAAAAAAAAAUAGAAGUGCUAUUUUAACAAUGUCCAUCUGUAUAUUACUCAAAUGUGCACAAAAAGCCAGAGUUUUUUAUAUUUUAACUUUGAGGAAAAUCGGGAUGACGUGUAGUAACACAAGCUCCACUACACGUCUCAGAUCAGUGUUUGUCAGAGAUAAUCGGUUUGCCGUGAAUGCUCUUUAGGCAUUGUAAAUGGCAGUAUUGUUGGACAAUCUCAAAACUGUAGCGAAUGCCACGAGGAUGAAGCACUGAUAUGAGACAGACAAAAUAAGCCCUUUCUGAGCCUUUGCAACAAGGAAGAAAAGUCUCCUGCUGAAAACAAAGACAUUUUCUGUCUCUAAAGCAGUUUCCACAAUGAACAUCCAAAUCAUUUUUGGUAUUAGGAACUAGUCUUUUGAAUAAUGGACUGGAAAACCUAAAAGCUAAAACUUUCUCUCCAGUGUGAUAUAUUGAACUGGUGACAGUAAAAAUACAUAUUGUGACUAAAAUGUGAACUGUGAAAAAAAAAAGAAUGAACUGUUUAUUGUUUCAUCUUGCUGUACAAAGUGAAUCAGCGACCGCUUAUUUACUUCCUGACCAUUAAUUACUGACUUGUAUUGAUUUGUGGUCUCUCUCUCUCUCUUAACCUAAUCUUUAUUUCCUGUGCACAAAAUGCUGGCUGUGAGCUCUUGGUACCCUUUAAAACAGUUUUUUUUUCAGAAUGAGUGUGUUAGCAGUGUCUGACUAAGAGCCCCUGCUGACUCACACAUGUAGGCUGGUCUCACUAACUCCAGCAUCGAGUGUGAUAUCUCCUCUAUGCAUUAUGGACUCUAUUGCAAAAUGACCCACAUUCCUAUUGUGCUGUGGAACUCGAGGGUGUAUAGAACUGUUCAUUGCAAUGUUAAUUACUAAAACAUUGUUAUUUGCCAAAUUUAGAUGUCUGUUAGUAAAAUAAAGAGAUGAAAAUUAAAUUACAUUCACAGAA